AUGACGUCCCUGCAAGGCGUCGGCUCGGUCAACCUUCUCGGCAAUGGUCUGGUGCAGCAGCAGCCCUCGCAGGGACAGCACCUGAAUCAUGCUCAACAGCAGCAGCAGCAGCAGCAGCAGCGCCCGCAUCAUCAGCAACAGCAGCAGCAGCACUCCAUCACACAGCUGCCGAUGUCGGGCCAGCAACUGUCUCUUCAACAGCAGCAGCAGCGGCAAUCGCUUCACCCACGUCAGCACCCGCAGCAACAGCGACAGCCGCCGCAGCAGCCGCAGCAGCAGCCGCUUCCGCAAGCAAACCUCCAGAGGGCCCAGCACCAACAGCCGUCGGGGCACCAGCAGCACCAGCAACAGCAACAGCAGCAGCAGCAGCAGCUGGCGAACCAGGCUAUCGGUGCGCCGCAGCUCAACAGCACCAUGGCUCAGCUGCUGGCAAACCCGGGACUCAUCAUUCCCACGGCGCCGCCGCCAUCUCAUCACCAACAUGCCGCUAUCCUCGCCGAAGCCAGGUCGAGCAUCUCGGACUUUGCGGCAGCCAUGCAAGAUGCCAAGCAGAGCUGCCCCGGCGACCGACCCGACGUACGCGCCCUGGUCUCGACGCUCGAGAGGGCGUCGAGAUCCUUGACCUCGGAGCUCGGCCGAAGCAUCUCGAAGCUCAAGGCGCUGAACGACGUACCCAUUGCCGCUACGCCUCCGCCCUCCACCGCCUUCGGGCCUCCAGGACAACAGACGCCCUUUCCGACGAUCAGCCAACCGGGGAACGACCUGCUCCAGGCGUUGGCUUCCUUUGGGAUGCCUGGCUUGAUGGGCGGCGCAGCGCCGCAGCAGCAGCCGCAGCAGGAUCCACAGCAAGCUGCUGGCUCCGGGCAGACCCCGUUCGACCUCGGCUUCCUCUCUCAGCAGGGUGCCACCGCUGCCGUCGGUGGCGGGCCGACGGGCACCGUUCAAGGACCGGCGAAUCCCCUCGGGCUUCCCCUGGCCUUUGGCGGAGCCUCGAGCAUGCCCUUCGGCAGCGAUGCCCCGGCUUCCGGGUCCACGCUGCAGCAGGGAGCCCCGGGCUCCAACGCCUUCGGCAACAUUGCUGGCGGUCUGCAGUCGCCCUUUCUGCCGGCCCUCGCUCAGUACCUGUCGCAGGACAGCACUAGACUGGCGGGCAUGGGUAUGCAGAGCGGCGUUGGCAUGCCAGGCCUGCCGGCUGGCCAGGGCCAGACGUCGUUGGACAUGUGGCUGCUCUCCCAGCGUCAACAGCAGCAGCCUGGCGCCGGCGGCGUCCACAUCGGCGCCCAGCCGGGCCCCGGCGGCAUCGCGUCCACCGCCGCCCCUGCCAUUGCCAACGUCGGCGGCAGUGGCUCCCAGCAGGCACCUCAGCAUGGCGCUGCCAACUACUUUGGCAUCCCAGCGAGCAUGCUCGAGGCUUUCGGGCUGGGCUCGCUGCUUGGCGGAGGCGCGACCAAGAGCGCGUCACCGUCGUCAUCUCAGCCGCCUCAGCCGCAGGUCGGACCGGUGCUCGGCGCCGGGCACACCAGUGAUGGCGGAAGCAGCAGUAGCGGCGGUGGCACCGGACGGCAGGCGGCCGAGCCGAUCGACCGGGCCAGGAGUCAGCAGCAGAAAGGUGCUGUCGGCCUGCCGGCCGCAGAACGCGAGUCAUUGUCAGACGAGCAAGAGGCCGCGGUGGCGGCAUCGGCGCCCGAGCCGAAGCGCAAGAAGCGGAAGCAGAUCCGUGGCAAGGCGGAAGAAUCCAAGGGCGGUCAACCAGCGCCGGCUCCCACAGAGCCACUGUCGAUCGCGAUGCCUUCCCGUCCGACCCUGCCGACCUCGGUGCCGGGGCCUGCGACGCCGCCAGUGGCCGUGGCGCCGGGUGCGGCCGGUCUGUCUACGCCGCAGCCAGCGGGGGAGAAGCGGGUCUCGACACUGGGCGUCGGCCUGCGGCAGGAAGGCGAGAAGCGGUACCGCAAUCGCAAGCUCCUCCGCGACCUGCGCGAGCAUCUCUACCGGUGGCUAGGCACCAACGAGUUCCGCAAGCUCAAGGACACCUACAAGGUGGCCGAGUGGGUGCCGAACCCCAACCUGACCGACGAGGAGCGAGCGCAGGCGGCGCUGCAGGCGGCCGGCAGCUCGAGCGCGCCGCCCAUCACGACGCACAUCUUCCACGUCGACUUCACCUCGCGCGACUUCUACCGGACCAAUGUGUCGCUGAUCGAGGCCAUCGUCAACGAGGCUUCCCGCAAGGUCGAGGCGCGGCCCGAGGCGUACGGCAUCGUGCCGGGCACCAUCGACAUUGACCACCUCGAGGACGUGGCCAAGGACCUGAUGGACAGCGCUCGCAGCGGCUUCCGCAUGAGCCUGCGGACGGGCGUGCAGGCGGAAAAGGAGGACAAGGAGAAGCACGAAAAGUACCGCGGCGUGGAGCGGGCCAAGACCAAGUGCCGCAACCGCGAGAUUGGCGCCGCCCGCCUGCGCCACAAGAUCCCCAAGCAGCUGCUGGUGCCCGGCGCCUACUCGGACGACGCCGCGAGCGACGAGGACCUCCACGGCCUCACCAAGACCGAGUGGAAGCGGCAGCGGCUACGCAAGCUGCGGAUCGCCAAGGGGUGGGAGGCCGUCACGCCCAAGUGGCGCAACCGCCACCUCACACGCGCCUUCCACAAGGCCGACAUCGUGUCCAAGUCCAAGCAGAUGGCGCGCUGGCGGCGGGACGAUCCCGUCGACCUGCCCUUCCCGACCCGGCUCUACGGCAAGACGCUGCCCGCCUCGCUGUUUGACCCCGAGUGGCUCGCUGAGCAUCGUAAGGAGCUCGAGGGGGAGCCCUACUGCGUCAGGAUCGACGAACGGCCGGUCGAUGGCUGGAACGAGGCCGACCACCCGCUGGGAGAGGACACGUCGGAUGAAAUGGAGUGGAGCGACGCCAUGGACUCGAGCGUGCGCGGACGCUACUUUGCCACGCACACCGCCAGCGCCAGCGUCCAGAUGACGCCCCUCGACGCUUCUCGGGGACGGGGCGAAGGGCCGGCGCCCCCGCCCUCGCCGCCGAUACCGUCGACUGCGACUCGCGCCGCCACGUCGCCGUUGGAGGCCGGCGCAGCCUCGUCGGGCCACAAGGACGAUGCCGACGUUGUCCCGUCGACGGCGACCGAGGACAUUGCCGCGCAGCAGGGCGACGAGGCCAAGCCUGCGACUGGUCACUCACGCUCGCUGCCGGCCUCUGUGCACCAGACGCCCGCGCCGACGCAGCCCGGCGAGGGCGAGGCGAUCGCGUCGACGAGCUUCGAUCAUGCAGACCGGCCCAGCAAGCGGAAGAGGGAGGGCGAAGAUGAGGAUGAGCUGGCGGAGGCGGAAGGCGGGGAGGACGCGCCGGCGCGGGAGCCAGAGGGCAGGGUAGACGACCCGACGGCGCGGAGCAGUCGCAGCAGCAGCGCCGACAGCUGCCAGACGGGCCACACGACGGCAGCGGAGGAGGCGUCGAGCGAGACCGAAUGCGAGAUGGCGCCCAGCGCAUCGGGCGGUCCCGUCGCCGUGACGGCGGCCAAGGAGGAUCUGGAAACCGCUGCGCAAGGGCAGGGGCAGGACAAUGCCAAGGUCGGGGACACGGCCGCCGCCGAUGACAGCGCCCUCCCGGCGGCUGCCGCUUUGACGUCGUAG